UUUUUUUUUUUACCAUUAUAUUCAUUCAUCUCCUUCCUUCUUACUGAUAUGAUUACUCCCUUUUUUUUUCUACUAGAAAAAAACUUCUCCCCUUUUAUUUUUACUAUGUACCAUCAUUAUACAUGAUUUUUUUUUUUUGAUAUAUGUUGAUUAUACAUACCAAUGCGAAUUAUAUCAUACUCAACUCCUAUAUUAUUCAAUCUACGAAAAGCAUGAUCUAUUCGGUAUGUAAUCAUGAUACGUUCAUCCAUCAUCACUGUAUUACUUUUAUCAACCUGCUUUCAUUCUUUUUCUAGUAUCGUUUCUGGUUUUGAAGCUGAAGAUAUUACUGCUGGGGAAACUGCUUUUACAAAUGCGAUCAGUGCCAAUGGAGGUGUUCUCUCUUCUACUGGUACAGAAGAAUUAGUCUCUGGUUUAGUUCCGGAUGCUCAAAAGCUUGUAGAUCAACUGUCAAGACGUGAUGAUAUUGAAGAAACUGCAACAGAAGGUACAGGUGUCGCUACUUAUUCUGAUGAACCUUCGGGUAACGGUGGUGCCUUGAGUACAGUUACAGGAAUCACCAAUGCUGUUCUUCGCAAACGUCUUCUUGGUGGUUUAGGAUUGGAUGGAUCUCAAGGCUCACAAGAACAAGGUACUGGUACUAGUUUAACCUCAGGAUCAGGUGGAUCUACAGAAUCUGGAGGAGAAGAAACGGCGAAAGGUUUACUCAGUGAAGUAGGCUUACGUCGACGUGGUGGUUUAACAGGUGGUCUUACAGGUGGUUUACUUGGAGGUGGUAAUAAAGCAACUACGAGCGAUGUAUCUUCUGAAGAACAAGGUGGCUCCCAGGUCUCCCUUAUUGAUCUUGGUCGUCGUGAUGGAUCAAAAUUUGGUGCUGGUAUUACUAGGGGUUCUCUUUUGGCCCUUCGUCGUCGUCUCCUUGAAGAAUCAAACGCUAACACUGCAAAUCAAGAUGAUGGUGGCAUUGUUGACAACAUUGUUAAAACAGUGGGUUUGGGUACCUCUCCUGGUGGUGUCUUACGACGUGAUGUCAAUACUGAUGGUGAUCAAAACCAUAAAAGUGACAAGAAAGGCAACGAAAAAAGAUCAAAGUAUUCCCUGAAUGAUUCAAUUGACAAUCAAGAUGGUGAUGAUAGAAAAGCUCGUGUGGAACGUCGAUCAAUGAACUCUAUUCCCUUGGCAUCUGGUGCCGAUCGUAUUGCUCGUGCUCGUCAAGGAGUAGUGGUGGACCCUGAACAAGACAAAUUAGCCAAACAAAAGAGAGGAAGCCUUCUUCGUCGUAGUGGACAUUAUGCUCGGGAUUAUGCUGAUGAUAAACGACAAGCUAUGGAAGAUCGACGACAAGCUAUGGAAGAUUAUCGAAAAGACCAAAUGGAAGAAAGAAAAAAACUCGAAGAAUUAAGACAGGAUCAACUUGAAGAACAGAGAAAACUCGACGAAGAACGAGCAGAAGCUGGUCUAUUAGGAAAUACUGAUAUGCAAGAAAACACUGGAUUACAAGGAAAUACUGGAUCACAAGGAAAUGCCGGAUUACAAGGAAAUGUUGGAUCACAAGGGAACGCUGGAUUACAAGGGAACACUGGAUCACAAGGAAGCAAUGGCUCAACUCGUGUCUCUUUGAUUAGUCUUCGUCGUCGAUUACUCAAUGGUGUGGUGGAAAAAGUGACAGGUGCUGUGGGACUUGAUGAUAACGUAAAACAAAGCCAGACUGUGGGUGUCGCCCCCUGAAGCCAACCUUUAGUGGAAAUAUUAACAUAAUAAUAUAGUAAUAGUAGUAGUAGUGAUAGGUUCUAUAUAUAUUUUUUAUUAUUAUUAUUAUCAUACCUUUUUUAUUAAUAUUAUUAUUAUUAUUAGUAUUUAUUUACACUAUAAUUG